AUGCCAUUCUGACUCCUUUUGAUUUGUCUGCUCUUGGCAGUUGCUGCCCCUGUGGAUGAUGAUGACAAGAUUGUUGGAGGAUAUGACUGCCUGAGAUACUCCGUCCCCUACCAGGUAUCACUGAAUUCUGGGUACCACUUCUGUGGCGGAUCCCUCAUCAGUGAUCAAUGGGUGGUGUCAGCUGCCCAUUGCUACAAAUCUCGCAUGCAGCUGGUUAUCGGAGAGUACAACCUUGCUGUGCUGGAAGGGGAUGAGCAGUUCAUAAAUUCUGCAAAGGUCAUUCGCCAUGAAGGCUAUUCCUCUUGGACCUUGGAUAAUGACAUUAUGCUCAUCAAGCUGGCAAAACCUGUUACUCCAGCCAAAAAUGCUGUACCCAUCAAUUUGCCUAGACAUUGUGUGGCUCCUAGGACCAUGUGUCUGAUCUCAGGCUGGGGCAACACCCUCAGCGAUGGAGUAAACUACCCUGACAUUCUGCAGUGCCUGGAUGCCCCAGUCCUGACUGAUGCUGAAUGUGAAAAUGCUUACCCAGGGCAAAUCACUAGCAGUAUGAUGUGCGUUGGGUACUUAGAGGGAGGCAAAGACUCCUGUCAGGGCGAUUCUGGUGGCCCAGUCGUGUGCAACGGGGAGCUCCAGGGAGUCGUUUCGUGGGGAAUUGGGUGUGCCCUGCCUGGGUACCCUGGCGUGUACACCAAAGUCUGCAACUAUGUCAAGUGGAUCGCUGACACCAUUGCUGCUAACUAA